GUGCAGGAGUCGGCCAUUUGGCCCUUCGAGCCAGCACCGCCAUUCAAUGUGAUCAUGGCUGAUCAUCCAAAAUCAGUACCCCGUUCCUGCUUUCACCCCAUAUCCCUUGAUUCCGUUAGCCCUAAGAGCUAAAUCUAGCUCUCUCUCUCUCUCUCUUGAAAACAUCCAGUGAAUUGGCCUCCACUGCCCUCUGUGGCAGAGAAUUCCACAGAUUCGCAACGCUGUGGCUGAAAAAGUUUUUCCUCAAAAGAGAGUUCUAUUUUUCUGCUCGAGUUACUUCUAAUUACGAAACUAGCAGUUCCACCUCUGGUUAACAGGGGGAAAUUCCUCGUGACUUUGAGAGCUCCCUGUUCAGCUUUCAGGAAUGGUAGAGUCUGCAACAUUCAGGUUAAAAUGCAAGCAACUUUGCAGUUCAGAUGAAAAGUUGUUAUAGACUUGUUGACGGCCAAAAAAAAGGAGGCACCCGCCUGAUAGGUAAGUAUAGUUCCUUGUUCCCCAUUAAAAGCAUUAAUAUUGAGUUAUUUCCGUAGUAUUAAGGCUAAGGGCUGGAAGUAAUGAAAAUAGUGAACUUAAGAGUUUAUGGUGUGGGGUGGGCUGAUGGAUAGACAUGUCACAGACUCUGGCAAGUGUUAACACUGGAGUGUACGUAUGAGGCUUAUGCAUUCAUUGGUGCUAUUUUAGUUUUAGAUUGCGGAGGAUGAGGUUUUACAAAGAUCAGCGGUACACUGUUUUACAAGAAGAAUGCCUUCAAAGCCAGCGGCUGUUUGAAGACCCUCACUUCCCCGCCUCAACCGAGUCGCUGUUUUACACCAAGUCCCCACCCGGGGCGAUUGAGUGGAGACGGCCAAAGGAGCUUUGUGAGUCUCCACAUCUCUUUGUGGAUGGGAUCAGUUCACACGAUCUGCAUCAGGGCGCUUUGGGGAACUGCUGGUUUGUGGCUGCCUGCUCCUGCUUAGCUGUUCAUGAUGGCCAGUGGCAGAAGGUUAUACCAGACUGGAAAAAGCAGGACUGGGAUUCAAAACAUCCGAAUAAUCACGCGGGCAUCUUUCACUUCCGGUUCUGGCGUUUCGGAGAAUGGACCGACGUCGUGAUCGAUGAUCGACUCCCAACAAUGAAUGGCAGGCUCCUGUUUUGUCACUCAGACUCCAAGGAAGAGUUCUGGAGUGCUCUGUUGGAGAAAGCGUACGCAAAGUUGGCGGGAUGCUACGAGGCACUGGAUGGAGGGAACGCGGGCGAUGCCAUUGUGGAUUUCAGCGGCGCGGUUGCAGAGACCAUUGACGUGCAUAAGGCCAAAUGUGCGAAGAAAAAAGCCAGCCACGUGCAGCUGUUUGAGAAACUGCUGAAGGUGCACAGACGAGGAGGCAUGAUCAGCUGCUCCAUCCACGAGAGAGAGGGCAAGGAACUGACAGUGAACAAGUUACAUGGACUGAAGGUUGAUCAUUCAUAUUCAGUAACCGACAUGCAGAAGGUUCGUCUGGGCAACACAGCGGAAAAACUGUUCAUGAUCAAAAUGAGGAAUCCGUGGGGAAAGGUCGAAUGGACAGACUCGUGGAGUGAUAGUUCACAGGACUGGAAGAAAGUAAACAGAAAGGAACGUGAAAGAAUUGGUGUUGAUGUUAAGAAUGACGGUGAGUUCUGGAUGGCUUUCCGGGACUGGUGCGAAGUCUUCACCAACGUGAUAGCUUGUCGGCUGGUGAACACGUCUCUCUGGAGCGUCAACAAGACCUGGGAUGAAGUGGUACUCGCCGGGGCCUGGAGGCUUCAUGAAGACCCAUCGCUCAACCGCGCUGGGGGUUGCACAAACUACGUGGAAACCUUUCUACAAAAUCCACAGUAUGUCUUUGAUGUGAUGAAGGAGGAGGAUGAGGUACUUAUUUCGCUGCAGCAGCGAGACAAACGCAUCCAUCGGGUAGAGGGCAAAGAGAUGAAUCUGACCAUUGGCUUCAACAUCUUCCAGGUGGAACUCAACCGCGAGUACAGGCUGCACAGUUUGUUUAAGAAAGUGGCCACGUCAGACUACAGUGCAACAAGAAGUAUUUUCCUACGAAUUGACCUGAAGAAAGGGCGUUAUGUCAUUAUCCCGACAACAUUGGAGCCAAAUGCAGAGGGCGACUAUCUGCUGAGAAUCUACACCGACAGAUCCUCCGGAUGCAGGGAGAUGACGCUGGACAAGCCUGAGGUGACGUGUUGGCACGUUGUGCUACGCUACCCGCGUGUUGUCACCCAGCUGCACCUUCACGGGGCGAAGGACCUCCUGAAGCAGGAUUCCUCUGGAGGAGCCAAUCCCUACGCUGUUAUUAAAUGCGAAUUCCACAGGAUACGUACUGCUAUUAUUGAAAACUCGCUGAAUCCAGAGUUUGAUUCCAAAGUAAUAUUUCACAGGAGAAUGCCUACUCUUCCAAUAAUUAUCCAGGUUUGGAAUCGUAACACGUUGUGUGACAAGCUGAUAGGUCAGGUGACCCUUGACGGGUCCCAGGAUAACCACGGCUCUCCGCAGAUCCUGCAGAUUCACAACAGCGGCGUUCAGGAGGGCCAGACACCUGGGAGCGUCAGCGUCACUGUCAAGACCAGCAGCGACCUGGCAGCCUUCUGAACCGCGAGCGAUCCAAUGUAACCUACCGCUGAGCUUCAAAGUCAGCCUUCUCAUCUCAACCAGUAGGCCACGGGGAUUUAAACAAGACUUUAUCAACGAAACCCUCAGUGCUAAAAAAAACACACACACAGUGCUGGAAUAACAGCAGGCCAGACAACAUCUCUAGGGGAUUUGUUUCUACUAUUCUCAUAGGUUCUAGGAGCAGAAUUAGGCCAUUCUGCACAUCAAGUCUACUCCGCCAUUCAAUCACAGCUGAUCUAUCAUUCUCUCUCAACCCCAUUCUCCUGCCUUCUCCCCAUAACCCCUGACACACGUACUAAUCAAGAAUCUAUCAAUCUCCACCGUAAAAAUAUCCAUUGACUUGGCCUCCACAGCUGUCCGUCACGAAGCUUCUUCACGGUCUCAUUUUUUGAAACCCAGAAUCUGCAACUCCUUGUUUCUUCAAUUUACAUCUUGACAGUUCCUCAAGAAAUGCCUACUUUGCAGACUUUCUCCUCCAAUCAUUCUGAAGAAUGGUCCCGACACAAAACGUCACCUAACUAUGAUCUCCAGAGAUGCUGCCUGACCUGCUGAGUCACAAAGAUCUGCAGAUACUGGUUAAUGCACAAAGUGCUGGAGUAACUGAAAAGGAGCAUAGAUAAUAGGUGCAGGAGUAGGCCAUUCGGCCCUUCAAGCCAGCACCGAUAUUCAAUGUGAUCAUGGCUGAUCAUCCACAAUCAGUACCCCGUUCCUGCCUUCUCCCCAUAUCCCCCGACUCGGCUAUCCAAAUGUGCCGCUAUUUCAUCUUUUAUGACCGACUCCAGGAUCUUCCCCACCACCAAUGUCAGGCUAACUGGCCUAUAAUUACCUGAUUUCUCUCUCCCGCCUUUCUUAAAAAGUGGGAUAACAUUAGCUGUCCUCCAAUCCACAGGAACUGAUCCUGAAUCUAUCGAACAUUGGAAAAUUAUCACCAAUGCGUCCACGAUUUUUCCAGCUCAUCCCUCAUGGCUCCAUAGUCCCCUUUGUUCAACUGUAAUACUGACACCAUUUUACCCUUCUCCCUCUCAAAUUGUAGAUUAAAACUUAUCAUAUGAUGAUCACUACUUCCUAAUGGCUCCUUAACCUCAAGUUCCCUUAUCAAAUCCGGUUCAUUGCACAACAAUAAAUCUAGAAUUGCCUUCUCCCUGGUAGGCUCCAAUACAAGCUUUAAGAAUCGACCAUAAACUCCCUUUCUUGGGGUCCAGUAGCAAGGUCAGGCAGCAUCUCUGGAGAUCCUGGAUAGGCAAUGUUUUGUCGGGUCGAAGGGACUGUCAGGUCAGAGCGCCGCGUCUGGCCCCGUCUCACCCGUCCCAACGUAGUACAGCCCAUGGAGUGCAGCAGCAGCGUCUCAACCGUGGUCGCGUGGUCCGGACCAGCUGAGGACUUUAGACCCGGACCGCGCGAUGUCGCGCUCCGAGUCCAGCGCCCGGGCCAAAACUCCUCAGCUGGCCCGCCGGCUGGGCUUUGCGUGCAGUCCAGCACCCGGGCCAACUCAUCAUUCACCCAGCCACGGCCGAGUCAGUCAACGAAUUUCCUUCGAGAAUUUGUCCCAUAUUUUCACCUUUUGUCCCUUAUUUGGAAGUGAGAAAGUUGGCGACCCUAGUGGUGGUGGAGGUAGAUAUAGUAGUGGAGUUUAGGAGGCUUUUAGACGGGCGCAUGGAUGUGUUGGGAAUGGAGGGAUAUGGAUCAUGUGUAGGCAGAUAGUUAGGUUAUCUUAGCACAUCUUCUGUUUAUAUCACUUACGAACAUCUAGAACGGGUGUCAGGGGUUAUGGUGAGAAGGCAGGAAAAUUGGGUUGAGAGGGGGGAGAUAGAUCAGCCGUGAUUAAAUGGCAGAGUAGACUUGAUGGGCCGAAUGGCCUAAUUCUGCUCCUAUCACUAUGUUUGGAAUAGACAUUUUGUUUCGUUUAGUUUGAGCUACAGCACAGAAACAGGCCCUUCGGCCCACUGGGUCCGCGCUGACCAGCGAUCCCUGCACAUUAACGCCCACGAGGGACAUUUUAAAAAAAACAUUUACCAAGCCAAUUAACCUACAAACCUGUACGUCUUUGGAAUGUGGCAGGAAACCGAAGAUCUCGGAGAAAACCCACGCAGGCCACGGGGAGAAGGUACAAAUUCCCUACAGACAGUACCCAUAAUCGGGAUCGAACCCAGGUCUCCGGCGUCUGCGAGCGCUGUAAGGCAGCUGUUAAAGAUCGUGAGACUUGAUGAUAGAAUAAAUCAAAGAGUCAAAAAUCUCUGUAAAUAGCCUUUACUAGGUCACCAAGGUGAAAUAGAAAAAACAGGCAGUGAUGUGCACAGAGAGUCCACACCAAAGGCUGGCGCUGUUCAGACUGGCAAUACAGAAGAUUUACACACAUCUUUAUACUAAUGAAACAGCCAUACGCACAUGGUCAAUAACAAAGAGGCUUCAGUUAAACACAAUGGAUCCCCUCAGUUACAUUGGGGAAGAAACAAAGUAUAACUAAUAGUUUGGGAAAUGGUACAGCUGCGAAGGUAAGAACAGGUCUAUUGUUCUUCUUACAGCUUGCUGGUAACAGUGUAGGAGUUCUAGACACCCGGGAACAAUACAAUACAAUACAAUACAAUACAAUUUAUUUGUCACUUGAACCUCAUAGAGGCUCAAGUGAAAUGUUGUUUCUGCAGUCAUACAUACAAGAAAAAAAAGACCCAAGACACAACACAAUUUACACAGACAUCCAUCACAGCGCAUCUCCACCUCGCUGUGAUGGAAGGCAAAAAAAAAGGUAUCUCUCCCCUGCACUUCCCUCUCCCCCCGAUGUCAGAGUCAAAGUCAGAGCCCCCGGCGGGCGAUAACAAUUGUCCCGCGGCCAUUAACGCCGCGCCGGGUGAUGCAAGGCCGCGCUCCGGGUCUUGUUGUUGGAGCCCCGGGCGGGCGCUGGCAAAGUCCCGCAACCGUUAAAGCCACGCCGGGCGAUGAUGUAAGGCCCUGCUCCAGGUACAUCCCUUAUCUCUAUUCUCAUUGAGACAGCAAAGGUCAUUUAACUGCAAGCUUUGUGCUCAGUAUUCACAGGCUUUUGCAGCCUUCUGAAUUGGCCAACAUUUUAAACCGUUACCAGCAUGCUAUGUACAAAACGGAGGAUAAUAGCAAAUAUAACUACAUAAGCUAAAUAAGAGGGAGAAUAACCGCACUAACUUUCACACAGCAACUCUACAGCUGCACCACCGGGACCGACCAUGUGGGCCGAGGGCCUGCUCCUGUGCUGUACGUUCUAAGUUGUAUGUUAAAAGAGGAAAGUGAAAGGGGUAAAUCUAAAGGGAAGAUGGACAUACAAAGUUAGAGUCAGACAGGGAGUGAGUGGGUCAGACACCAGCUGUGGAGAAAAGGAAUAGGUGACGUUUCGGGACGAGACCAUUCUUCAAAUCAAGGAAUUGUUUAGAUAAAGUGACAUUUUAAACAGCUACUGAUGUGACUGUUACUCACAUCAGUUUGAUAAUGUGCAAUGUUAGUCAACUCACUUGAAAGGAAAUAUUGACAUUGCUGUCUGGGAAAUCGGCUGCAGGGAAUGAUAAUGAACUGAAGUUGAGAAAUUCAUAAGGUCAUAAGGGAUUGGAGCAAAAUGAGGUAAUUCCACCUAUCAAGUCUACUCCACCAUUCAAUCGUAGCUGAUCUAUCUCUCCCUCGUAACCCUAUUCUCCUGCCUUCUCCCCAUAACCUCUGACACCCAAACUAUUCAAGAAUCUACCUGUCCCUGCCUUAAAAAUAUCCAUUGAUUUGGCCGUCUGUGGCAAUGAUAUUCCAAAAGAAAACCCACACAUGUCAGUGAGAACGUACAAACUCCUUAUAGACAGCACCCGUCGUCAGUUUUGAACCCGGGUCUCUGGCGCUGUAAGGCAGCAACUCUACCAUUGUGCUGCCGAAUAUGUAGUCAAUUCUUUAUUUCAUUUAAUUUCUACACUCACAAGGACCACAUAUAACAUGCUUACAAAGAGUUUGCGCUUAAAAUGAAUGAAAACAAUGUAAAGAGUUUUAUCAAAAGAAGCAAAACUGGGAAUAUGUUAACCUACAGAAAUGUGGUGAAUGGUAAUGAUUUACUAAAUAGCGAAUCAACAAGAUUUACAUACAAUUGUAAAUAGACCGCAGAUCUACAACCGUAAGGCCCAGGGACGGUGGUGUAGGGAGAUAUGGAAUGAAAUGAAUGAAAGAUAUGCAAAAAAGUAACAAUGAUUAAGGAAACAGGCCAUUGUUUGCUGUGGGUUAGGUGAAAACGAGUUGCAGACAAUGAAACACGACAGGAUGACAGCGAAACCAGUAUGAUGACUAGGGUGGGUUGGGACAAAGAGAGGGAAUUCAAGGGUUAUUUGAAGUUAGAGACAUCAUUAUUCCGACCACUGGGUUGUAAGCUGGCCAAGCGCUGUAGGAGGUGCUGUUCCUCCAAUUAGUGAGUGGGUGUUGCCUUCGUUUCAAAAUCCAGUCUGUGGUCGGAGGUAAUGUGUUGUUUGACAUGGAUAAAUGGUGCAAACCAUUUAUA